CGGCUAGCUUCAAUGUUAUGAUGAACUCUCGGGUAGAAUGCAGUGAUAAGGUCGAUCAAGGCUAGGUGCAUGUUGAUCUCAUGAGUUGGUUCCUUGGUCCAGGUUCUCUCUCGGUUUAGAGCAUUGAGCUGUGAAUUUUCAGGUUAUUGAUUGAUAAGCACUAUUACAGUUGGAUGUCCGAUCAUCGGGGUGAAUGCUCGAUGCAGUCAGCUCCUGGGCUGGUGUUCUCAUGAGGGUUUUUUGACUCGAGCAUUGUGGGACAGUGGGUGAAUACGUCUAGAGUGCGUUUGUGUCUGUCUGGCUAACGGACAAGGGGUACUGGUACGAGCUUCUUGUGAUCCACAUCAGUAGCCAACAGGGAGAAAUUUUGUAACGAGGUUACUGUUUAGCGUACCGGCAGCUGGGUUUGUCGAUUGGCGAAGUCGCUGAGAGUGGGUGAGAGGGUCGCAUCGACAUUGGAUAGUACUUGUCACGGUGGUUCCCUUUUAGACUUCUCUGAAGAACAGGUGUGGAGCUGCGCAGAGCUUCGUGAACUUCGUCAGGGAAAAUUAUACCUAUGUUAAGAAGUUUCAGCGUGAGAAUCCAGCAUCGACGCUGAUGAGCUCAGUGGCUCUGCGAGCGCCCAGUAUACAAACCGCUUCAACUCGCACUCACAGUAGCGUUUCUCAGUCUUUGUCCAGGUAGAGUGGAUUUUUUGAGACUGAUUCAGCGCAUCGCCAUGUCUGGUUAAUUCCCGAACUGGUUUGCAGACAUGUAGAGCACCUGGUUAGCAACACUAAGCAUGGUUGCACGUGCCCAACUAGGAGAGAGUUAAAGGUUUAGAGCCACUUGUGUGCAGAAGUCAUUAAUCAUUUUGAGAGAAGUCGACGGAUUGACAGGUUUCGAGUUAUGAACAUCCUCAGCCCGGAGCUUCUGGUUCCACUCAUUACCGAAUGGAUCCAAGGUGGCCGCUUAAUAUUCGCAACAUGCUCUGUAUUGGUGGCAUUGCUGAGCUCUGUUUUUCUAGUGGCACAUUUCCGGACGCCUAUGAAUCUCCCGCCUGGUCCUAAGGCGAUGCCACUUCUGGGCAACCUCUUGCAGAUGGGUUCGCACCCGCACCGGACCAUGACAGCCAUGCACAAAAAAUAUGGCCAUAUUUUGUACAUUCGCUUGGGUUGCAUCCCGACAGUGGUCGUGGACAGCCCGCAGCUAAUCGCUGAAAUCACAAAGGAGCAAGACAAUGUGUUCUCGUCGAGACCUCAUAUGACCUUCACCGACAUUGUGGCCUACGACGCUCACGACUUCGCUAUGGCACCUUAUGGCCCCCACUGGCGCUACGUGCGGCGCAUCUGUGUGCAUGAGCUCUUGACUCCCAAGCGUCUUGAGAUCACCAUGAAAGAACGGAUUGAGGAGUCGAGGUGUAUGAUCAUGGCUGUGGCGGAAGCAGCUCAGAAGGGUGAGAUUGUGGACAUGAGGGAUGUGUUCGCAGGGGUGUCGAUGACGGUGAUGUGUCGCAUGUUGCUCGGGAGGCGGGAGUUUGCUGCAACGGGUAAGAAGGCGAAAGAUUUCAAGCAUCUCAUUCAUGAACUGUUUCGGCUCAUGGGAGCCCUGAACCUCAGGGAUUUUGUGCCUGCGCUCGGGUGGCUAGACUUGCAGGGAUUCGAGAGAGACAUGUACAAGCUGCGGGACGAAUUCGACGAGGUUUUCGAUGCUGUCAUUCAAGAGCACCGAGACUUGGCGUCCGGGAAACUUCCCGGAGGAAAGCCGAAUGACUUCAUCAGCGUGCUGCUCGACCUCCCAGGCGAGAACGGGGCACCACACCUGGACGACAAGACUAUCAAGGCUAUCACCCUUGACAUGAUGGCAGGAGCAACAGAUACCUCAGCGGUGACAAAUGAAUGGGCUAUGGCGGAAAUCAUAAGAAAUACCGAGAUUCAACGUAAGCUUCAAGAGGAGAUAGACUCCGUGGUAGGGCUUGAGCGUAACGUACAGGAAUCUGACAUCAACAAGCUCCCAUACCUCAUGUGCGUCGUGAAAGAGACUUUCCGUCUUCACCCUGCCGGUCCCUUCGCAAUCCCACGGGAAACCAUGGCGGACACCAAGCUUAGUGGGUACCGAAUUCCCAAGGGAACCCGGGUGCUUAUUAACAUAUUCUCACUUGGACGAAGCUCCGAGACGUGGAAGGAUCCCCUCAAAUUCCAGCCGGAGAGGUGGGCAAACGAAAACCUCUCGGCGAUUCACGACAUGGGAUUCCGGAUCCUUCCCUUCGGCUAUGGCAGGAGGCAAUGUCCGGGGUACAACCUGGGCACCACCAUGGUACUCUUGACUUUAGCCCGCCUCCUCCACGGAUUCAAAUGGUCCUUCCCACCCGGCGUCACGGCGGAAAACAUUGACAUGGAGGAGCUCUAUGGGUGUACCACACCCCUGAGAACCCGGCUGCGCACCAUUGCUACCCCAAGACUCGCCCCUCAUUUAUAUUCCCAGUGAAAUGGCCAGAUUUUGGUGCUUUGACCACUAUUUUUAUGAGCUGUGCGCGUCGAUUGUUGCAGCUGCGCUCUUCAUAUCAUGAGAAGAAUGCCCCAAGGUAUAAUUUCUUUUCAUGAUGUGAGGUGCUUCCAAUUUAGGUGUUUCUUUCUCAAUCCUCUUAAUUCUUGAUAAAUCUGAUAACUCAGGAAUUUUUAGCACAUCGUUGUGAAUUUAUUUUAUGUCAACUUAGCUAACACACUGUAGUUUGCGAGCGACUGCUGUGGCAUUGGUCGCAUGUUCUGGCCAUCGUUGGUAUCCACAUGGCGCGAUCGAUUAAAUCUUUCCUUGAGAAAAUAGAAUGAUACCAGAGUUUUUGAGAUCA